AUGGAUUCUUACGGUGGAUGUGCUGAUGCAGAGGAUCCAAAAAGUGAACAAUGGUUUUACUCAAGUGGCAGUCAAGAGGACUGCGAUGAUAUCAAAAAAUUGGUCACAGAAGAAGUUCAGAAUUAUGACAUACAAUUCAAGUGCUGUGCCAAAAAUGAAUGUAAUAAACCAACAAAUAUAGAAUGUGAACAAUCAUCCAAAAGUAAACGAAAGUUGACAAAAAAGUAUUAUGAACUUGACAAUGUGAAAAAAUAG